AUGAGCAAAGUCAUUCUAACUGCAGGUCUCUUUUUGAUCAUCACCAGCUUGGCUUCUUCAUCCAGGCUGGUGUGUUACUAUAACAGCGAGGCUGAAAAUAGAGCGGACUACGGGAAGUUCACAAUUUCGGAUAUUGAUCCGAACAAGUGUACCCAUCUGAUCUAUGCUUUUUCUGACAUCAACAACCAAAAUGAGCUGGUCCCUAGCAGUGCGAAUGACACACAACGAUAUCAGUCCUUUAAUGGACUCAAAACCAGAAAUCCAGCACUAAAAACCCUGUUGGCAGUUGGUGGCUUGACUUUUAACACACAAAAAUUUACUGCAAUGGUGGCCACAACACAAAACAGACAAACAUUCAUCCAGUCUGCUAUCAAAACACUGAGAGAAAAUGGGUUUGAUGGGCUGAACCUUGACUGGAGGAACCCCGGAGGAGCUGGAAGCCCAUCACAGGACAAGCAGAGAUUCACAAUGCUUUGCAAGGAGCUCAAACAAGCUUUUGUGUCUGAGGGGAAAGCAGCUAACCUUGACAGCUUAAUCGUUGCUGCUAGUGUCUCUGCUGAGAAAACAACCAUCGAUGCCAGUUAUCAAGUCCGACAGAUUGCCAUGCACCUGGAUUUCAUUAAUGUGCUGACAUUUGAUUUUCACGGCCCCUGGGAAAGUGUCACAGGACAUCACAGCCCCUUAUACAAGGGAUCCCAGGACACAGGGAACAACACCUACUCUAACACUGAUUUUGCUAUGCGGUAUUGGCGAGACCAUGGAGCACCAGCACAAAAGCUAAACUUGGGUUUAGCGGCAUACGGGAGAGCUUUUGACCUCUCAACUGCCUCCAGUGAAGUUGGAGCACCAGCGAAUGGUCCUGGUGAAGAAGGAUGUUACACUGGUGAAGAGGGCUUCUGGGCCGCUUAUGAGACUUGCCUUUAUCUUGAUGGAGUUACAACCCAGCUGAUACCUGAUCAGAGAGCUCCAUAUGCCACCACAGAAAAUCAAUGGGUUGGAUUUGACAACAAAGAAAGCCUUGAUGUUAAGGUUAGUUACCUAAAGAUAAACAACUUUGGAGGAGCAUUUCUUUGGGCUCUUGACCUGGAUGAUAUGAAUGGAGAGUUCUGCAGUAUGGGCAGCAAUCCAAUCACCAGCCAUCUGAACAAUCUCCUGAUUCCAGCAAUGCCUACGACCACAACUCUACCCACCACAACCACAGCAAUGCCUAAGACCACAACUCCCAGCAUCGCAACCACAACAAUGGCUAUGACCAUAACUCUACCCACCACAACAACACAGCACACUGCCCCCUACUACAACACUCCCACCUACCACCACAACGAUGCCUACCACAACAACUCCCCCUACCACCACAACGAUGCCUACUCCAACACUCCCCCCUAUCACCACAAAAAUGCCUACUACAACACUCCCACCUACCACCACAACGAUGCCUAG